AAUCGCCCGACUUUGGUUGGUGGCACUGUGCUCGUUUCCCGCCACACCCACCCACCUACCACACCCACACACCCACACACGCACACGCACACCUCCCCCGCCCCCACUCUUGGUGUUGCACCUCUUUGCCUAUCAGCCGUACCUUGCUUGUUCAAGCAAGUAGCUUGUGGUUGUGGUUGCAAGCAUGUCGUCUGGUGACUACAAGUACGAGUACGAGUACGAGAGCAUGUCCGAGUCGGAGACGGAGACCGAGACGGGGACUGAUGAGACUGAGACUGGGAAUGAUGAUACCGAUGCUGAUUCCGAGGAGAGUGGCGAUUACGAGUACGAGUACGAGUACAAGAGCAACGACGAUAGCAGUGAUGACGAUGGUGAUAGUGACGAAGAGUCCGGCUACGAGUACGCGUACUAUGACGAUGAUGCUGGCGGUGUGAUGAUGGCCGGGAUCAAGGCUGGCUCGGGCAAGAACGGCGCGGAGAGAGUUCCAGUGCUGGGAAAGAGUCCUUCCGGACUAGAGUUGGAUGCACUCAAUCGAACUGUCGACGAGAUCUGCGAGGUGGCGACGCAUGACAAGGAAGAAAAGGUGGCCCUUAUCAUCCAUGCUGAUGAUGAGAGCGACGGCGCGGUGCCGUUGCUGGAGAGCAGCCGGUCGCGGAGGAAGAAGGCCAAGGCCAAGGCCAAGGCCCGGGCUAAGAAGAAAGCCAAGGCGAGGCAGACAGGCGAGUCAGAGCCGUCGACGACCGACCAAGAGGUGGACAAGGUGGACGUGGUGGUCAUCGACCGCAAGCUUGUCGACGACGUCGCGUCGCUGUCGUCGGACGGCAUGCACGCGCUGCGGGCCGAAGCGCAGCGAGUGCGGGAAAAGUACCGGCCUGAUCGGCGGCCGGCGGUAGGCUCGAUGCGUGCCACGGCGCUGUGGUGGAUGUUGCUGGCGGCUGCUGCCAUUGUGGCGGCGAUCUGGAUUGUGCUGCCGUUUGACAUGCCGCUGGUGGCGACCAAGGACGGGCAGGACGAGACGAUGUCGUGGGUGGUCGGCGUAGGCGCGAUUGCCGUUGGCCUCGGCAUGCUGGUCACCAGCUGCAUCCUGCUUUCGGCGACGACAGCGCGCGCCAAGGCGAGCCGUGCCAAGCUUGUGUUCUGGCUCAUGGUCGGCCUUACCGUUGCUAUCUUUGUGGUCAAUGUCGGUGUGUACUACGUGUACUACUCUGACGACUCUGUCUCGCAAGACUCGCUCCGCAACGAGAACGGAAUUGUGACGGUCAUCAGCAUCGCCGUCCUCGCCAUCCUGAUCAUUCCCUGCGUCGUGCUCGUCCGCAACUACUACUCGGACCUGGCCACUUUUGAGCAAGAGUUUACCGGCAGCCGUCGCCGCCGCCGCUCGGUCACCUCAACGUCUUCAGAUGACAACUCUUCAUACAUCCAAGUGUAACAAGGUCAGUGAUUAACAUGUGGUUGUGCGCG